AUGCCUACUCCUGGCGUGGAUCCCGGGGCGGCAACCGAUGGAGUACAGGUAGUAAGAAAGAAGCCCGAGGGGGUGAGAGAUGUUGCGAGCUUACAUGACGUGAAGCCCUCGUCCAGUCUAAUCUUGUGCUAUGUCUUGGGUGGCUGCCUGCCUGUCAUGGGCCACAGGAGACGAGGCACACAAGAGAACCGGGCACAGAAGUUAGGUGGCCAUUCGUUUUUUUUACACUGCCACAACACCUACAAAAGGGACGAGCGGCGGCGAGCGGCGACGACCAGUGUUGGUGGGUGCAUCUGUGGAUUGGAUGAUGAUGGGAUGGACCAGUGA